CUGCGUGAGGGACGGUGUUCGUUUGAUAGGGAGCCAAGCUAGUGGGCUAAUCGGGGAAAGCAUAAUCACCACCUCUCCUAGCGGCUUUAAUAAUAUCGUAUUUCCAUAUAAAGAUUAUGCGAAAGCCGCCGACCCUGAUCGAGCUGCCUUGGUUCCUACUUCGCUAUGUCGGUAACAGAGCUUGCUAGCUAGCGGUCUAUUUACACUACAGAUGCUAUUCCAGCAGCGGAGAAGAAGGGGGCAUGAAUAAGCAAGAGGGAGGAUGGGUUCUCGUUUUCCUGACGGCUAGCUAGCCUUAGAGCUUCGCUGAAAACAAGGACAUACUGAAGGCACAGCAUUAUUAGAUUAUUUAGUACCUCUGUCUGACGGAGUUUUGUUCGUAAAAUGGUUUAAAGUACUUCUUCAAAUGGGGGUUCGGCCGUCAAGCACCCUCUCUGGGUUGUUGUUCGGCACACGGAGUUCGAAUGUGGGAAAUAGCUAGCUAGGUGGCUAGCUAUCCUGCUAGUCUCAAUAACCAAAUGCUGCUGCUGCUACCGUGCAGCUCCGAGCGAGAACACCAGCGACUGGAGACUUGGGCCCUGACGUUGCGCCAGCUCCUUUUGCUUUAUCGGAGGAAGAUUCGGGUCGAAAAGAUGGUAGUUUGAGAUGUGAUUUUUUUUCUCCGUUUUUGGCCAUAUGUAAGUCGAAUGAAGGUGUGUUGAUUUGCUGUUGCUGCCAUCUCCAAAUUAAUAAUGACAGGCUGAACCUCCAAACCAGUUGAAUCUAUUUUGAAGGGGGUGAGGUGGACCAAUAACUAUCUAACGGAAACAAAUAUUUAAAAACUGUAUCUCUGAGGUCUAAACUCCUUGGUCUUACCUGGAACUCUAAGCCACGUCUUUCAUAUCUGCUAAUUUAAAGCACACAGACUUGAGCUGCAAAUAUGGAUAAAUUAACAAUUAUAUCAGGAUGUCUGUUUCUGGCAGCGGAUAUCUUUGCAAUCGCAAGCAUUGCAAACCCCGACUGGAUCAACACAGGCGAAUCUGCAGGAAGCAGUUGAAAGCGGAGUACCUGAUGUCCAUGGAGAGUUCUGAGGGCCUGCUGGAGGAGAUGGGGGCCCAGGCUCUGUCCAGCGGAGCCUACCACUCACCAGAGACAGUUACCCAGAGCAUCGACUCUGUCAGCCACGCAGACGUCGUCAACGCUGCGAGAAAGUUUGUGGACGGCAAGAAAUCGAUGGCAGCCUGCGGACACCUCGCCAACACACCCUUCGUGGAUGAAUUGUGAAAAGAAACAAACCAUAAACAAUGAAACAGUUAUUUAACAUUUUAACCUGGGCAGGUUGUGCCUGGCUGCUUACUCCAGAAAAAGGAACCUGGUUCUGAUAUGAAGCCCAUGACUUCAUCUCACAGUAAACGAUAAUCCUUUGUUAACAAAUCAUGUUAACGUUUGUUCUGCAAUAAUUGUACACAGGUAUCAGGAAUAAUUAUUAUUUUUGUUGUCAAUUUCUCUGUAUAUUUGAUGUAAAUUCAUUAAAUGGUCUAUCUACAGU